AUGGGAUCUCCUAUUUAAUCAAUGACUUAUUCAUUAGAUUGUUUUUUAUCAGAAAUUUUUAACAUAGAAAUUGAAUAUGCUAGAAUAAUUUGGUAAAUUAUAAUGCCAUCAAUUUAUAUUACAUUUUUCUAUUAAUGGUACCUGAUUUUAGUUUUUUAAAAACAAACAACAUUUAAUAAAUGUGUAAUUGCAACUACAUUAAUUUAUAUGUACAUAUAUUUAUAGCCAAGUAUUAUUGGUGGAUUGGUUUAAUUAAUAUCAUAUAGAUAAAUUUCAGGGUAUAAAUGGAUUCAAUCAAAUGUUACAUCAAGAUAUGAUACUAUUAAACAUGGAUAAUGA